AUAGUAGGCUGCUCGUGCUCUGGCAAGAGUUUCUCGAUCACAGCAAUCGUUAACAUUAAUCUUAGUUUUUCAGUACAACUGUUUUUUGUCAGUGUGUCGUGAAGAAAACGAAACCGAAAAGCAUGUUCCCGUCAGUGUCGCGUUACUUGCAGCGUGCCGCCAAAGGAUUUAUUGGACCCCGCGCAGGCCCUCAGAUAUCUGCAGUAUUCGGUAGCUAUCACAAGCGCCUAUGCCACUGCGGAUGUGAAAGUGAUGCCGAAUUCGACGCUCGCUACGAGGCGUAUUUCAACCGGCCGGACAUUGACCAAUGGGAAGCUCGGAAAGCGAUGAACGAUCUUUUCGGAAUGGAUCUGGUACCGGAGCCGAAGAUCAUUGUGGCGGCGCUGAAGGCCUGCCGGCGACUGAACGACUAUGCGCUUGCAAUUAGGUUCCUGGAGGCGGUCAAGGAUCGUUGCGGUGACAAGCAGAAGGAAAUCUAUCCCUAUGUGCUGCAAGAGAUAGCACCGACACUGUGCGAUUUGGGUAUCGAAACACCCGAGGAGUUGGGCUACGAUACACCGGAACUAGCUCUUAAAACUAUAUACGAUUUAGAGAAAUAAAUUGGAUAUUCUAUGAAAUAGAUUUAAAUAUAUAUGAAAAUCAAAAUCAAA